AUGGUGAUCAUUUUCCUGCUGCUGCUGUUCUGGGACAAUGAGAUGAACGAAGACCCUGAGAUAGCCACCUUAGAGCAGCUGCACGUGGACUACCCCCAGAGUGCUGUCGCCCUGCGGUACUGCAACGCCAUGAUCUUACACCGAGUCAUCAAGGAGCCGGACAACACCUGCAAACGGGAGCACGUCUUCAUCCACGAGAGGCCUCUGAAAAUCAACGCGGUGUGCACUUCUCCCCAGAAGAUGGCUUGCCCCAACCAUACUACCCUUUCCUGCUUCCAGAGCAGCAUAAGAUUCAAAAUGACGGUCUGCAGGCUCAUCAAAGGCACCAGGUAUCCUGCCUGCAGGUACCACCUUUCCUCCAAGGAGGGGUUCAUUCUUGUCACUUGUGAUGACAUCGGGGCAGUUAAUUUCCAGGGAUUUAUUGAAUGA